GCAAACCCUUCUGGGCAAUUUUUUUUUUUUGUUCCUACCGCUUUGACCAUGGAAGAUCUACGAGCGCAUGGUGACUUUAUGAAGCAUUCUGAGCAGAUCAGACAGGAUCAUAAGAAUGUUUACAACAGAUUGAAAUCCAUAGAAGAGGAUGCUGCCUUUGUUCACGAAAUCUCGGCUUUAUUUCCGCAAUAUGCCAUUGUCGCCAACGAACGAUGUGGUUCAUGGUACAUUGAGCCUCAGCCGGAACGUAAACAUGUUUCUGCUUACUUCAAAUCGACGGAUGGGCAUACUGGCGAAUGGAAGUUCAACCUAAGAAGAUUGAAUUUGCAUUUGAUAGAUGUCAUAGCAGCUACAGGAGGCUGCAUUAUCGUGGAUUCUACCAGGAGAGGAAAACGUUUACCAGAUGCAUUAUCUAAAACGAUUCCUAUAUGGUGUGCAGUACUCAAUCGUGCCAUCAGUAAAAGCGGACUUGGUGGUGCUGGAUGGGACGUGGAGCUUCAUACUUUACCAAGCAUCAUCUCGCGAUCUGAGCAUGCACAAAUUGCGGUUUUGAUAGACGGAUUUGCUGAUAAUUUGUUGCGGACUAAAAUCGACUUGGCAGAGAUUCGGAAAAAGCUUACAAAGCCUUUACGACCUCUUUGGUAUACACCACAAUCCAAUAUAAUAUAUAGCCCAGACUACUCGGAUUCGCCAUUUUUCCCUGUUAUCUGUCUCAGUGCUUCUCAAUUCAUAGAAGGUGGUUCGCAAGCUCGCAGUGGAUACAUGUACGUGCAAGGAUCUGGAGAUGACGAAGAAGCAUGGUCACUGGGUCUGACUGCUCCAAUGUUUUGGCGCCAUCGGAAAGAGUUAUUCAGUGGUGGUGCAGCGACUUGCGAACAGCUGGCAAUGCAAAUUGCGGCUAGAAGUAAAGACAUAUCAGAGCAGGAUGUUGCCAAUAACGAGGCUUACACUUACGUAGGAAACAGCAAGAUUGCCAUUGGAACUUGGAAAAGCGGUGAACCUCCUUCGUGCUGGCAAAAUUUCGACAUUGUCAUCAAUUGUACUGACCAAGAAUAUCCGGAAAACAAGAAUGAAAUUUACAGCAAACGCUAUCUUCAUUUAAAUAUACCCUCCGGCAAGAGAGGUCAGCAUAUACUCUUUUCAUAUAUACCAUUGGCUCUACAAUUUUGUCAGGAACCAAUGGCAUCCGGAAAAUCGAUAUUGGUACAUUGUAUAGAAGGUAAAGAUAGAGCGGUAGGAAUAGCGCUUGCAUUGCUUGUGCAAUACUACGACACACAUGGCGUACCUUAUACAGAAGUUUCACAAAGACCUGAUGUCGAUAAGAUUUAUAUACAACAGCACUUAAUUAAUAUCAUGAACAGCAGACCACAGGCAAAGCCAUCGCGCGCAACCCUCAAAAAGAUCAAUACCUACUUUAUGAGCUGAACAGACUACCAUGGUCUGUUUUUUUUUUGAGUCCUACGAUGCAGGUGCUGGCUCCAUCAGAUGAAAAGUAGCAUCUCCGAUUUUGAAACCCAUACUUUCAAUCCCACUCUGUACGACUUUUUUCUGGAGAAAAUGAACAUUCGGGGAAAACGUUGGAGCUUUGACCAUCUACUACACACACUUUUCUUUAGAAUGUAAAAAUAUAAAUUACCAGUCAUUCU